GGAGCGGCAGAUGAACAAAGCAGGGCAGUAAAACCUCAGCAGGCCGGCUUUUAACUCAAAAUUCUGGUCCGAACAAAUUUUAAGGAAGCAGAAAUUAUUUAAUUGAGUGCGGGUAUGGAGGUGGAAAAUCAAAAUUCGCUUGCAUCCAGUGAUUCGUUGCAUGAUGACAGCAGCUCUUCUUCAGAAGCCUUAAUCCAAGAGAGCCCUCUGGAGAGGUUUACUUACCUCUCACCCAUCCCCUGCACCAUCAUUCCCAAUCGGAUUUUUGUCGGGAGAAUGGACCACAGGGUCAAUGAAAGCAACCUGCAUCAGAUUUUCUUCAAAUACGGUGCGGUGAAAGAUGUUAAGAUAGUGAAAGAUGGCUUGGGAAUCUCUAAAAGAUACGGGUUUGUUACCUUUGAAACCCAAGAAGAUGUGUUGCGAAUCCUCAAUAAUGCUAACGGAAUCUGUUUCAAUGGAAGGAAGCUCUGCAUUAGCCAGGCGUAUAGAAAGUUUCGCGUUUCAGGACAAGCUAACAGCGGCUACACGGCUCACCAUGAACGCGCCGAUCCUCAUCAGAUGUCCUGUGGGACUUUUUAUCUGACCCCAUUCACAGGACAGCCCUACACCUACUAUAAGGGCGUGGCCUAUUUCCACUGCCCCAGCAUGAACCCCUCGGCUAAUGAUUGGUCGCCGACUUCUCAGCUGAUGCUGCCUCCGUCCCACCAGCCCUUCCACCCCCUGCAGCCGCCCGUCUAUCUCCACUGCCAGGAUGCCCCUAACCAGUAUCAGUGGAAUAUUGGUCAGGUGCCAGCACCUUUCGGUGCACCGAUGUACCAACAGCAGCCAGAAUAUCUUUACCAGCCUUUUGACGGGAGCUGUUACCUGCCUCCUGGGCCCGCCAUGGAAGGCAGUACCCCGGAGUUUUUUGAGCUGACGGCGCCACAUUUCUACUCAGGAAUGACACCCAUUCCUCUGCAGCCUAACCCUAGAGAGAACCAGCCGUUCUCCCCUUCAUGUGUCCACCGGAAGCCAAAGUACCGACGCCACAUGCACCCCAAAUACUACUACCACCUGCCCCAGCCCACAGAGACGCCUGCUACUUCCGUAUUUCCUGUCCCAGCUCCUCAUGUAGGAUAA